GUCGGCUUUUAUUAUGAAAGAACACACGUCAGACGUCACGCCACUGCACCGCCGCUCACGCGCAGCACUGCGGAUACUGUGUGCCGACACGGUGGUGAAUUUCGGUCCGUCUCAGAGCCGUGCUGCGGUCAUCAUGGCUCUCUACCACUAUGUCACCCAAGAGCAACUCUUGGGUUUUGAUAAAUAUAAGUACAGUGCGGUUGACUCCAACCCCCUCUCUAUCUACGUCAUGCACCCCUUCUGGAACUCAGUAGUGAAGAUCUUGCCCACAUGGCUUGCCCCAAACCUCAUCACAUUUACAGGGUUCAUGUUCCUGGUACUCACCUUCACCUUGCUGUCCUUUUUCGACUUUGACUUUUAUGCCUCAGGGGAAGGCCAUACACAUGUGCCAAGCUGGGUGUGGAUAGCUGCUGGUUUGUUCAAUUUUCUGGCCUAUACCUUAGAUGGUGUGGACGGUAAACAGGCUCGGAGAACAAACUCCAGCACUCCGCUGGGUGAGCUGUUUGACCACGGCCUGGACAGCUGGGCAUGUGUGUUCUUCGUCGCUACAGUGUACUCUGUCUUCGGACGGGGUGAGACAGGCGUCGGAGUGGUGAUGCUGUAUUAUCUGUUAUGGGUCGUCCUGUUUUCCUUCAUACUGUCCCACUGGGAGAAGUACAACACUGGGAUUUUGUUCCUGCCCUGGGGCUACGACAUCAGUCAAGUGACUAUCUCUGUCGUGUACAUAGUAACAGCGGUGGUUGGUGUGGAAACAUGGUACAAACCUGUUAUUGGGAAUGUUCAUUACAGAAAUCUCUUCACUGUUAUGAUUGUUGGUUGUUUAUUUGUUGUAACACUGCCAAUGAGCCUCUACAAUGUCUUUAAGGUGUACCGUAAUAACACCCUGAAGCACAGUUCGGUGUAUGAGGCCUUGUUGCCGUUUUUCUCUCCCGUCCUCCUGUUUGUGCUGUCUACACUGUGGAUCAGUCUCUCUCCUACAGACAUCAUCGAGAAGCAACCCAGAAUCUUUUAUCUCAUGGUGGGAACAGCCUUCUCCAAUGUUACUUGCAAGCUCAUUGUAUGCCAGAUGAGUAAUACUCGAUGCAAGCCACUGAGUUUGUUGUUGUUGCCGAUGACAGCUGUGGUGUUGCUAGUGAUAUCUGGGACUUUGCAGAAUGGUGAAAUUAUCGUCCUUUACAUAUGGACCGCCGUAGUCAUCCUCACUCACAUACACUAUGGAGUAUCAGUUGUGAAGCAGCUGAGUGAUCAUUUUAACAUAUACGCUUUCUCACUAAAGAAACCCAAUUCGGACUGACAAGACGAGGAGAAAAUCGUCCUGAAGGCUGCUGAGGUUUAAGCAAUCUCAGCAUGUUCUUCAGCUAGCCGACUCUCACCAAUCACCAAGGAGACACAGCUAACAACAGGAAACCAAAUUGUACUGACUAAAUGCGCCGCCUUAUUCUGAGGAUGCUGCUCAAUCAACAAAUGAAUGGAGCUGCAUCACAGGGUCCACUGAUCCCUGAGGCAGAGCUGUGCCGUGGGGCUCACAGAUCCCCGAGGCAGAGCUGCACCACAAGGCCCACUGUGCCCAGAGGUGAAGCCGCACCAUAGGACAUAUUGGGCUCAGACACACAGUUACACCAUGGGACUCAAUAGCUCAGAAAAACAGGACCCAUUGAGCCCAGGACCUACAGUGCCUCGACUUGCAGCUGUGUAACAGAGCCCAUUCCUCCCAGAAAGAGCUGUAUUGUGUUACUCGCUCCGAGCCGAGACAGUUUGGUUGUCUGGUAUCCGUGAAGCUGGGGAUUUUGCUUGUUUCCUAAGGAAAUGUGCGUUUCAGCUGAGAUACUAGGAGCCUUGAACGGUUAAUCUCACUUACACGCUCUCAGAUGAGUCACGCGCAAACCACUUGAUAAUGAAUACACACGUAUGAUGUGAUGAAUGUCUUCAGCUUAUUCGAUUUGAAGAUUUUAUUUACAUUUAAUUUUGGCCUCAAUUGCUCAAUUUGGGGAUUUUGUUUUUCAAUAAGAGGCAUUAUUUAAUUGUUUCUAUAAUGGACAGUAUAAGCCGACUGAAAACGGUCUAAUUUUCAGUUAAUAUGAAACUUAUUUAUAUGUAUGAGGGAACAGGGAUGUUAGAUGCUUAUUUAAAUCUAUGGUGCUUUUGCUGAUCUCUACAAUUAUACAAAAUUGUAAUAAUGACAUAAGACAAAUUUAAACAACCACAAAUCUAUAGUAUUACACAGUAUUUAUCACAGCUCAAACCACAACCUCAUCUGGCCAAUUGAAUUGGUAUAACUCCUGCAACUGGGAUAUUUGUUUGUUUUUGUUUCCUUUUUACAUUGGUGAUGGUGUGGCCGCGUGCCGAUUUUCAGUUUCUUCCGGUUCUCUUUUUGUUUGCUUAACUAGUCGGCUUUUAUUGAGUUUAUUUGUGCUUGAAUGAAGAGUGCGCCUCAAACCCUGACCAGGAGAGGGUGCACUUGGAGUGAGCGAGUCAAACCUCGCUCCGUCUAUAAACACGAUAAAAGCACUAGUCUGUGUGCCAUCAACAUGUCCGUUAAACCUGCAGACUGCAGGUGUCAUGGCCUGCAUCAAGCUCAUUCCAGCAUUUAGUCUGUUUUUUUUGUUAUUUUGUUUCGUUUAUGUAUCUUACUUUCUGUUUGGUGGACUGAGGGCUUAUAUACCGGUAAUAGGAUUUAUUUUUAUUUAUUUUUUACUUUCACUGGUGGUCUGAAGUGUGUUGUGUGAGUUGAAUGUAUGUGUAAAUAUAUGGAUGAGUGAGUGUGUGUAUGCGCAUAUGUACUGUAUGUAUAUAUCUGUGUAUGUUUUACACUUGUACACUCACUCUGGAACCUCAUACCUCCAUAUAUCCUGUUUCUCUGAGAUGAGACCAGAUCGAUUGAUGUUUAAACAUGUACAGUCUAUUCAUGUUGUUAUAACAUAGUAUUGUUGUUCAUCUUUUAUUAUUUUAUCUUCAUAAUAUAAUGGGAUGUGUAUUUUUUUUUUAUCCUCCAAAUACCUUCUGUUUCACAUGAAUUGAGAAAUGACAUGGAUAAAGAACUUACAUACUUUAACUGCUAUAUCCUAAGUAAAGUCAUUCUUUGUUAUGUCAGUAUCUAAUUAUUGUCCAGGAAUAUAUUUGUUAAAGAAUGUGUGAUGACACUCAUUUCUAAGGGCACUCCUGCAAAAUUUAGAUCAGAAAGCUUUUAGCCAGCAGAUGGCGCUUUUUUCUCUUUUUAUGCAGUAGAACGUCAUAUUUUUGUAUAGAGUGAUGGUAGUGCCUCAGGGUCAAAUUCACUUCGCAAAUCGGCACAUUUUAAGUUUUUUAGUGCACAGAAUAUCAGAGGAGGCUGCUGUCAGUGUGGCUGCUUGAUGUGUUUUGUUUGUGUCACUAUUAUCAUCCUUUUUAAACUAAACAUCCCUCUUAAAUGUGACUGUUUUGGUUGCAGGAGGACUCUUAUCAAGUGCUGUAUAACUGCAUUUGUGUGAUGCUUUGAAGAACAAGCAAAUGUAA